AUGCCUAGUUUAAAGGACUUAUUGUGCUUUUUUUUUGUUCUCUUUCCUGAAGCAAUGGCUUCCAAAGAUGAGCUUCACGAAAACGAGGUAGUCAAAAAACCCUCAAAAGUUGUCAGAGGAAAAAAAACCAAUCUAAUGGGCGAUUGUUCUAUGGUCUGGCCACGUGUUGUACGUAUUUACAUAACGGACAAUGACGCCACAGAUUCAUCUAGUGAUGAGGAGGAAAAUCAUCAAGGAGAGAAGUUCAAACGACAAAAAAGGAUUUGCAAAGAAAUUAUUAUAAAAAAUGGAAAGACCAAGGUCACUUCAAAGAUGGUAUCCUCCAAAGAUAAAAUUGAUACAAAACCGCACCAAGACAAUGUAAAGAAGUACAGGGGAGUUAGACAACGAAAAUGGGGAAGCUGGGUUGCAGAAAUUCGAGAUAUAAGAAUGAAUAAACGACAUUGGUUGGGAAGUUUUCCCACUGCGGAUGAAGCUGCUUUGGCUUAUGACAAGGCAGCCAUUGAAAUAAAAGGUCCAAAUGCUUUGACAAACAUUCUUAAGCUGCCACCGAGGGAAAGCGACCCUAUCCACCAUUAA